GUCCAGCUUUAAAAAGCUCCAAGAACUGUCUCACUUCCAGGCUACAUCUUCUCACUUGCUAACAAGGACCUCUGAGUUCAGCAGUCAUGAGUGCAGACUCAGAAAUGGCUGUUUUUGGGGAGGCUGCUCCUUUCCUCCGGAAGUCUGAAAAGGAGCGCAUUGAGGCCCAGAAUAGGCCCUUUGAUGCCAAGACAUCUGUCUUUGUGGCUGAGCCCAAGGAAUCCUUCGUCAAAGGGACUAUCCAGAGCAGAGAAGGAGGGAAAGUGACAGUGAAGACUGAAGGAGGAGCAACUCUGACGGUGAAGGAUGAUCAGGUGUACCCCAUGAACCCUCCCAAAUUUGACAAGAUUGAGGACAUGGCCAUGAUGACUCACCUGCAUGAGCCUGCCGUGCUGUACAACCUCAAAGAGCGUUAUGCAGCCUGGAUGAUCUACACCUACUCAGGCCUCUUCUGUGUCACUGUCAACCCCUACAAGUGGCUGCCGGUGUACAACCCCGAGGUGGUGGGGGCCUACAGAGGCAAAAAGCGCCAGGAGGCCCCACCCCACAUCUUCUCCAUCUCUGACAACGCCUAUCAGUUCAUGCUGACAGACCGGGAGAAUCAGUCAAUCCUGAUCACCGGAGAAUCCGGGGCAGGGAAGACCGUGAACACCAAGCGUGUCAUCCAGUACUUUGCAACAAUUGCAGUCACUGGGGACAAGAAGAAGGAGGAAGCAACUUCUGGCAAAAUACAGGGGACUCUGGAAGAUCAAAUCAUCAGUGCCAACCCCUUACUGGAGGCCUUUGGCAAUGCCAAGACUGUGAGGAAUGACAACUCCUCUCGCUUUGGAAAAUUCAUCAGAAUCCACUUUGGCACUACAGGAAAACUGGCUUCUGCUGAUAUUGAAACAUAUCUGUUAGAGAAGUCUAGAGUUACUUUCCAGCUGAAGGCUGAAAGAAGCUACCAUAUUUUUUAUCAGAUCACAUCAAACAAGAAACCAGAACUAAUUGAAAUGCUUCUGAUUACCACGAACCCAUAUGAUUACCCAUUUGUCAGUCAAGGGGAAAUCAGUGUGCCCAGCAUUGAUGAUCAGGAAGAACUGAUGGCCACAGAUAGUGCUAUUGAUAUAUUGGGCUUUACUAAUGAAGAAAAGAUAUCCAUUUACAAGCUGACGGGGGGCGUAAUGCAUUAUGGAAAUCUGAAAUUUAAGCAAAAGCAGCGUGAGGAGCAAGCAGAGCCAGAUGGCACUGAAGUUGCUGACAAGGCAGCCUAUCUUCAGGGUCUGAACUCUGCCGAUCUGCUCAAAGCUCUCUGCUACCCCAGGGUCAAGGUUGGCAAUGAGUUCGUUACCAAAGGCCAGACUGUAGAACAGGUGACCAAUGCGGUGGGUGCUCUGGCCAAGGCUGUCUACGAGAAGAUGUUCCUGUGGAUGGUCACCCGCAUCAACCAGCAGCUGGACACCAAGCAGCCGAGGCAGUACUUUAUUGGGGUCUUGGACAUCGCUGGUUUUGAGAUUUUUGAUUUCAACAGCCUGGAGCAGCUGUGCAUCAACUUCACCAACGAGAAACUGCAACAGUUUUUCAACCACCACAUGUUCGUGCUGGAGCAGGAGGAGUACAAGAAGGAAGGCAUCGAGUGGACUUUCAUCGACUUCGGCAUGGACCUGGCCGCCUGCAUCGAGCUCAUCGAGAAGCCUAUGGGCAUCUUCUCCAUCCUGGAGGAGGAGUGCAUGUUCCCCAAGGCAACAGACACCUCCUUCAAGAACAAACUGUAUGACCAGCAUCUAGGCAAGUCUGCCAACUUCCAGAAGCCCAAGGUUGUCAAAGGCAAGGCUGAGGCUCACUUUGCACUGAUUCACUAUGCCGGCACUGUGGACUACAACAUUAAUGGCUGGCUGGAGAAGAACAAGGACCCUCUGAAUGAGACUGUGGUCGGGCUAUACCAGAAAUCAUCAGUGAAGACUCUGGCUCACCUCUUCUCUGGGGCUCAAACUGCUGAAGGAGAGGCAAGUGGAGGUGCCAAGAAAGGUGGUAAGAAGAAGGGCUCUUCUUUCCAGACUGUGUCUGCUCUUUUCAGGGAGAAUUUGAACAAGCUGAUGACCAACCUAAGGAGUACCCAUCCUCAUUUUGUGAGGUGUAUCAUACCCAAUGAGACAAAAACUCCUGGUGCCAUGGAGCAUGAACUUGUCCUGCACCAGCUGAGGUGUAAUGGUGUGCUGGAAGGCAUCCGCAUCUGUAGGAAAGGAUUCCCAAGCAGAAUCCUUUAUGCAGACUUCAAACAGAGAUACAAAGUAUUAAAUGCAAGUGCUAUACCUGAGGGACAAUUCAUUGAUAGCAAGAAGGCUUCUGAGAAGCUCCUUGGGUCCAUCGAUAUCGACCACACCCAGUAUAAAUUUGGUCACACCAAGGUGUUUUUCAAAGCUGGUCUUCUGGGGCUCCUAGAGGAGAUGAGAGAUGACAAGCUGGCCCAGCUGAUCACUCGAACCCAGGCCAGAUGCAGAGGGUUCUUGGCAAGAGUAGAGUACCAGAGGAUGGUAGAGAGAAGGGAGGCCAUCUUCUGCAUCCAGUACAACAUCCGCUCUUUUAUGAAUGUCAAGCACUGGCCCUGGAUGAAACUCUUCUUCAAGAUCAAGCCCCUCUUGAAGAGUGCAGAGACUGAGAAGGAGAUGGCCAACAUGAAGGAAGAGUUUCAGAAAACUAAAGAUGAACUUGCUAAGUCAGAGGCAAAAAGGAAAGAAUUAGAAGAAAAGAUGGUGUCACUGUUGAAAGAAAAAAAUGACUUGCAGCUCCAGGUCCAGGCUGAAGCUGAAGGGUUGGCUGAUGCAGAGGAAAGGUGUGACCAGCUGAUCAAAACCAAAAUCCAGCUUGAGGCCAAAAUCAAGGAGGUGACCGAGAGAGCCGAGGAUGAGGAAGAGAUCAAUGCUGAGCUGACGGCCAAGAAGAGAAAACUGGAGGAUGAAUGUUCAGAACUCAAGAAAGACAUUGAUGACCUUCUCGGGGAGCAGAUUGACAACCUGCAGCGGGUCAAACAGAAGCUGGAGAAGGAGAAGAGCGAGAUGAAGAUGGAGAUCGAUGACCUUGCUAGUAAUGUAGAAACGGUCUCCAAAGCCAAGGGAAACCUAGAGAAAAUGUGUCGGACCCUGGAGGACCAAUUGAGUGAACUUAAAUCAAAGGAAGAAGAGCAGCAGCGGCUGAUCAAUGACCUCACAGCCCAGAGAGGACGCCUGCAGACUGAAUCUGGUGAAUUUUCACGCCAACUUGAUGAAAAAGAAGCUCUGGUGUCUCAGUUAUCCAGGGGCAAACUAGCAUUUACUCAACAAAUUGAGGAAUUAAAGAGGCAACUUGAAGAGGAGAUAAAGGCCAAGAAUGCCCUGGCGCACGCCCUGCAGUCCUCCCGCCACGACUGUGACCUGCUGCGGGAACAGUAUGAGGAGGAACAGGAAUCCAAGGCUGAGCUGCAGAGGGCGCUGUCCAAGGCCAACAGUGAGGUUGCCCAGUGGAGGACCAAAUAUGAGACGGACGCCAUCCAGCGCACAGAGGAGCUGGAGGAGGCCAAGAAGAAGCUGGCCCAGCGUCUGCAGGCUGCUGAGGAACACGUAGAAGCUGUAAAUGCCAAAUGUGCUUCCCUGGAGAAGACGAAGCAGAGGCUGCAGAAUGAGGUGGAGGACCUUAUGCUCGAUGUGGAAAGAACAAACGCUGCCUGUGCAGCCCUGGACAAAAAGCAAAGGAACUUUGAUAAGAUCCUGGCAGAAUGGAAACAGAAAUAUGAGGAAACACAUGCUGAGCUUGAGGCCUCCCAGAAGGAGUCUCGCUCCCUUGGCACUGAGCUGUUCAAGAUGAAGAAUGCCUACGAGGAAUCCUUGGAUCAGCUAGAAACCCUGAAGAGAGAGAACAAAAACUUACAGCAGGAGAUUUCUGAUCUUACGGAGCAGAUCGCGGAAGGAGGAAAACGUAUCCAUGAACUGGAGAAAAUAAAGAAACAAGUGGAACAAGAGAAGUCUGAACUUCAGGCUGCUUUAGAAGAAGCAGAGGCAUCUCUUGAACAUGAGGAGGGAAAGAUCCUGCGAAUCCAGCUUGAGCUGAACCAAGUCAAGUCAGAAAUCGACAGGAAAAUUGCUGAAAAGGAUGAGGAGAUUGACCAGCUGAAGAGAAACCACAUCAGAGUGGUGGAGUCAAUGCAGAGCACCCUGGAUGCUGAGAUCAGGAGCAGGAACGAUGCCAUCAGGCUCAAGAAGAAGAUGGAGGGAGACCUCAAUGAAAUGGAAAUCCAGCUGAACCAAGCAAAACGCAUGGCUGCUGAGGCCCUGAGGAACUACAGGAACACCCAAGGCAUCCUCAAGGACACCCAGCUCCACCUGGAUGAUGCUCUCCGGGGCCAGGAGGACCUAAAGGAGCAGCUGGCCAUGGUAGAGCGCAGAGCCAACCUGCUGCAGGCUGAGAUCGAGGAGCUGCGGGCCACUCUGGAGCAGACGGAGAGGAGCAGGAAGAUUGCGGAGCAGGAGCUCCUGGAUGCCAGUGAACGUGUCCAGCUCCUGCACACCCAGAACACCAGCCUGAUCAACACCAAGAAGAAGCUGGAGACAGACAUUUCCCAAAUCCAGGGAGAGAUGGAGGACAUUGUCCAAGAAGCCCGUAAUGCAGAAGAGAAGGCCAAGAAGGCCAUCACUGAUGCUGCCAUGAUGGCUGAGGAGCUGAAGAAGGAACAGGACACCAGCGCCCACCUGGAGCGGAUGAAGAAGAAUAUGGAACAGACAGUGAAGGACCUGCAGCACCGUCUGGAUGAGGCUGAGCAGCUGGCGCUGAAGGGUGGGAAGAAGCAAAUCCAAAAACUGGAGGCCAGGGUGCGUGAACUGGAAGGAGAGGUUGAGAGUGAGCAAAAGCGUAGUGCUGAGGCUGUCAAAGGUCUGCGUAAACAUGAGAGACGGGUAAAGGAGCUCACUUACCAGACGGAAGAAGAUCGAAAAAAUAUUCUCAGGCUUCAGGAUUUAGUAGAUAAACUGCAGGCGAAAGUCAAAUCUUACAAGAGACAAGCAGAGGAGGCUGAGGAACAAUCCAACACAAAUCUAUCUAAAUUCCGCAAGCUCCAGCACGAGCUGGAAGAGGCUGAGGAACGGGCCGACAUUGCUGAGUCCCAGGUCAACAAGCUGCGGGUGAAGAGCCGGGAGGUUCACACAAAAGUCAUAAGUGAAGAGUGAUCAAGUCUUGAUGCUACAGAGUGACAGAAGAGAGGCACAAAAUGUGACAUCUUUGGUCACUUCCCUCUGUGAUUAUUGUCUAUUCUACCCUACUGCAAAGGAAAUAAAAAGCAUAGGGUACUUUGCAAA